UCGCAGUGUAUUGCCCUGUAUCGAUCAAACACUCUCACCUGUUGCGACAGGAUCGCUGUACCCUCACUAAAACGUGAUGAAACGGCCGGAAAGCGUGCGUCUCGCUGCUUACCCCCUUUCACGCCACUCACUGCUAUUCGGGGCGGUUCCAAUUCCGCCUCUAGCAGCGGACUCAGAAAAGCUCAAGAGCUCCCUAAAGUCACAAAACACAAACAUGGCGACGGCUCGCAAAUGCAUCUCCGGAUCCGAGAAUUGCAGAUAAGUCGGGAGCAAAGUUUUCGGUCUUUUCCGAAGUGCGUAGUCACGCUUCGUACCGCCAUCCGAAGGCUUUUUUUUUUUUUAAAUCUACGACACGGGCGGAAUAUCUCACGCAGGUGAAAGCAGCGAGUUGCCUUCAUGUCAACAAUCUUUCCUCUAGUGGUGUGAAACAGCUGGUCCACCCAGCCGAGAUGGAGGACAAGGGCCACCGGGUGACGGACUACUUUGUGGUGGCCGGGCUGACGGAGAAGUCCACGCCCCUGGAGCAGGAGCUGUCGGAGACCAAGUCCAGCGCGCCCAAGGCGCCCAUCACCGACCUGGCGGUCAUCAACCGUUCGGCGGGCGAGACGGUGCCCGAGGGCUUCACCUGCCUGGAGACCACCUACAGCGGCCAGCCGGCCAACCUCAACCACGGCAGCCUCACCAGCCCCGAGCUCUUCCUCUGCUACAAGAGAGGCCACGAGAAGCCCCCACUCAGCGACAUCGGGGUGCUGUACGAGGGUAAAGAGCGCUUGAUCCAGGGCUGUGAGGUCAUCCAGGCCACGCCCUUCGGCCGCUGCGCCAACGUCAACAACAGCUCGGCCACGUCGCAGCGCAUCUUUAUCACCACCCGCCGCGCCCCGCCCGUCCAGCUGCAGAACUCGCUGGCCGUCACCGACAUCUGCGUCAUCGUCACCAGCAAGGGCGAGACGCCGCCCCACACCUUCUGCAAGGUGGACAAGAACCUCAACUGCGGGAUGUGGGGCUCCAGCGUGUUCCUGUGCUACAAGAAGUCCGUCUCUGCAUCCAACUCUAUAGCUUUCAAAGCAGGCCUCAUCUUCAGGUACCCCGAGAAGGACUACGAGGCGUUCCCCCUCUCCGAAUCUGUGCCCCUCUUCUGCCUGCCCAUGGGGGCCCGGAUAGAGUGCUGGGCGCCCAACACCCGCCAGCCCCUGCCUGUCUUCUCCACCUUUGUCUUAACCAUCUCGUCUGGGGAAAAGGUGUACGGCGCGGCGAUCCAGUUCUACGAGCCGUACCCGCUGGAGGCGCUGAGUGAGAAGCAGAAGCUGCAGCUGGGCCUGCUGACGCCGGUGGAGAAGAAGCUGGUGCUCAACCGGCCCGUCAACACCAACAAGUGCAUCUGCCUGCUGUCGCGCUGGCCCUUCUUCGAGGCCUUCCGCAAGUUCCUCAUGUUCCUCUACAAGCUGUCCGUCUCCGGCCCGCACCCCCUGCCCAUCGAAAAGCACAUCUCCCAUUUCAUGCACAAUGUGUCCUUCCCCUCCCCACAGAGGCCAAGGAUCUUGGUCCAGCUCUCCGCACAUGACACUUUGAUCCUUUCCCAGCCGGUCUGCACACCUUUACCACUAAGCGGGGCGGACUUCACCACCCUGCUCUCGAUCCUGGGCCCGGAGAACUGCGCCACGCUGCUGCUGUUUGUCCUGCUGGAGAGUAAGAUCCUGCUGCACUCUCUGCGGCCGGCCGUGCUGACGGGCGUGGCAGAAGCCGUGGUGGCGAUGAUCUUCCCCUUCCAGUGGCAGUGUCCCUACAUCCCCCUGUGCCCCCUCUCUCUGGCGGACGUCCUGAAUGCCCCCUGCCCCUUCAUCGUGGGUGUGGACUCCCGAUACUUUGACUUGUAUGACCCCCCCGCCGAUGUGGUCUGUGUGGAUUUGGACACCAACACUAUCUACCUGUCUGAUGACAAGAAACACUGUAACUGGAAGAACUUUCCAAAGAAGCCCAGCAAGAGCCUGGUGAACUCCCUGAGCAGCCUGCAUCACCAGCUGGCCACCGUCCACAGGACCGCCCAGGAGGGGCUGGCGGUGGAGAUGACCCCCAUCGAGGCGGACUUCACCUGGCAGAAGAAGAUGACAGGCCUGGAGAUGGAGAUCCAGGAGGCCUUCCUGCGCUUCAUGGCCUCCAUCCUGAAGGGCUACCGCGGCUACCUCAAACCCAUCACCCAGGCGCCCUCCGAGAAGGCCACCGCCGCCGACUCGCUCUACGACCUGCAGGGUUUCCACAAGAGCAGAGACCGCGCCCACCAGAAGUUCUACUCGCAGCUGACCAAAACCCAGAUCUUCAUCCGCUUCAUCGAGGAGUGUAGCUUCGUGAGUGACAAGGACACGGGCCUGGCCUUCUUCGACGACUGCAUCGAUAAACUGUUUCCUUCAGAUAAAGGAGCAGACAAGGGUGGAAAGGUGGAAGGAGACUCCGCGGAGGACACCAGGCUCAUAGAGUUGGACGCGUCCCAGAAGAGCGACCUCACCGUGUUCGUCAUGCCUCCAGAGCCACCGGCAGACGACGGCCCGGACCCCCCCGCCCGCUACAGCUAUAAGAACUUCCCUCCCCUGCGGCUGGAGCUGUUCGACUCCCCCUGGGAGAUGCGGCCUAUGCCGAGCAUCAGGGCGGCAGGGGCCAGUGUGUCCAGUAGCCCCGCCCUCUUGGCCAAGAGGACCAAUCAGGAGAUCAAACUGUCCUGCAAGAAAGCGCGGCGCUACCACUCGCAGCCUCCGCUCUGGGCCAAGUGCCUGUACAGCCACUGCUACAGCCUGUGGUUCAUCUGCCUGCCCAGCAACGCCUCCACCCCCCACUCCAGGGCGCGCGUGCUGCAGCAGGCCCUCGACGUCCUGCAGAGGAUGAGGAGCACCGAGGUGGAGGUCCUGGACGAGGUCUGCUACCGUGUGGUGAUGCAGCUGUGUGGCAUCUGGGGGCUACCUGUCAUGGCUGUGCGUGUGCUGAUGGAGGUGAAGAAAGCUGGAGUCCUGCCCAAUGCCAUCACCUACGGGUACUACAACAAGGCUGUCCUCGAGGGGCCGUGGCCCAGCCAGAACCGAAGCGGCCGCGUCAUGUGGGCCAAAGUGCGCAACGUGGUUCGCGGUGUGGCGCAGUUCAAACAGGCACUGCAGAGGACGGCUACCACUACAGGACCCCUCCUCAUCACCACAGAGGGGGCGGUGGGCGGAGCGGCGGGAAGCGACGGCGACCGCAUCAGCCACGGCAGCGGCGACAGCUCCAACGACGUCAGCGGCGAAGAGCACACGUUGUUCGCCCGCAGCCUCGUCGUGGGCGACGGCCACGGCGGCCACGGCGGUCAGUCAGACCAGGGCUACGGGUCGAAGGAUGAGCUGCACCAGGAUGUGCCGGAGAGUCCUCAGUCCGCCACCCCGCUCCUCGACGCUGAGCCAGGCGGCCAGCCCAGCACUCCACAGAGAGGGCAGGACGUAUCCGGCUCGGUGGACAGUGCUGUGGUCCUGGCCGAGCCCCCCAGCCCACUGGACACGCCCAGCCCCGGGCCCAGCAUCGUCAGGCUGUCCACUGGGAGCCUGGACAGCAGUGUGGGCCGAGGAGGAAGCGGUGGCGCCACAGGGAAGCUGUUCACCUCCCGCAGUCAGAGUGAGGAGGUGGCUCUGCUGGAAGAGGGCGUGUCUCUGUCUGUGGGCGGGGCCAGGGAGGCGGGGUCCCAGCAGCAGCAGCAGCAGCAGCAGCGGCAGCGGCCGUUAGCGGUGCGUAGCUGCAGCUUCAGCACGGAGAGCCGCGCCGGCAUGCUGCUGAAGAACAGCAGCCUGGAGAUGAGCGUGGACCAGAUGGCCAUCACCAUGGGCGCCGACGCCAAGAUCCUGGCCGCCGCCCUCUCUGGGGGAAAGACCCCGCCCCCCUCCGCCACCUUCGAGGGCCUGGAGUUUGAGGCGGCCCCGCGGAGCCCCCUGGACGAACUGGUGAAGGAGGACAGCGUGUUCCUGGAAGCCCCGGCGGAGCCGAGCGCUGCCGCCCCCCCGCAGUCCGACGGUCCCGGGACGGAGGGGGACUUGGGGGUGGUGCUUCGGCGGAGGGAGGGCCAGAGGGACACCUCAAAGAGGAACAGCUCAUAUGCCAGGGCGGUGGAGAGGGAGGACGUGAAGGCGGGGGCCGACCCCCUGUCCCUGCUGGUGACGGAGACGGCCGACACGGCCUCGGUGCACAGCGACGACGCCCGCGCCGUCCCGCCGGUGGUGUCGCGCAAGCUGGCCGACGAGAUCGAGCUCUACAUGAACCUCAAGAGCCCGCUGGGCGCCAAGUCCUCCAGCAUGGAAUUCCACCAGGGGGCGCCAAAGGGCGAGGCGGCGGCGGGGGUAGCCGUGGACGGUGGAAAGCCCCUGGAGAGGAGGUCCAGCCUCCCCGCCGCCCCCGUCAAGGCGCCCGGCUCCGAGGGCGCCAGCCCCAAGCGCAGCCCGGCCGUCUCCCGCUCCAAGACCUUCGCGGUGAAGUCGCGGCAGGCCCCCAACCAGCGGUCGUCCUCCUUCACGGCGCUGGUGCGCUCCUCGCCCCACGGCUCCCUCGGCUCCGUCAUCAGCUCCAUCUCCAACAUCAAGAUGGACCACCUGCUCUCCGGGCCCAAGAUGGACGUGCUCAAGUCCGGCAUGAAGCAGGCCGCCAGCGUGGCCAGCAAGGUGUGGGGCGCGGUGGCCUCCGCCUACAACUACUCAGACGACGAGGAGGACCACGCGCACGGAGAAGGCAGUUUCCCGGCCGGGCUGGAGGAGACGCUGCUGGCGGGCAGCGGGAGGGACAGCCCCACCCUCAGGGGCGUGAUCCCGGGACUGACCUCCAACGGGCUGACGCGGAGCAACACCAGCCUGGGCAGCAGCAGCAACAGCAGCGACACCGGGAGAGCGCAGCACCCGACCUCCAUGAAUUCUGGGAGGAUAGGGAGGGGUCCAGAGUCCGAGAGAUCAGAGCAAGGCUCCUCACACCAUGCCAGCUCCUCGAGUAUAUACCAGAACAUCGCUCUGGAGGUCCUCAUGUCCAGCUGCUCCCAGUGCCGCGGCUGCGAGGCGCUGGUCUACGACGAGGAGAUCAUGGCCGGCUGGACGGCCGACGACUCCAACCUCAACACCACCUGCCCCUUCUGCCGGGCCACCUUCCUGCCGCUGCUGCACGUGGAGUUCCGCGACCUGCGGGGCGCCUCCAGCCUCUUCCUGAAGCCCAGCACGUCAGGUGACAGUAUCCAUAGCAACAGCGUGCCCGCAGCUGAGCAGAAGAGCAGCGAGGCCCUCGCCGGGGCCGCUGACCUCAUCAGUUUCGAGGAACCCCCACAGCAGGGGCCGGCAGGGGCCUCUGUGAACCAAACGGAUGACCAGAAGAGCUCGGGCCUGGACCUGCAGGCGGGUGAGAAGUGGGGCACCUCCCUGACCCGCAGCAACAGCAUGAGCGGGCCCCUGCAGAGCCUGGGUCUCCCCCAGCGGCCGUCCCACGGGGUGUCUACCGCCAGCCUGCCCAACAGCCUGCAGGAGGCGACGGAUACCCUGGGGCAGAAGCGGCCCAACCCCAAGCCUGUGUCGGUGCCCUACCUCAGCCCACUGGUGCUGCGGAAGGAGCUGGAGACCCUGCUGGAGAACGAGGGCGAGCAGGUCAUCUACACCCACAAAUUCCUCAGCCAGCACCCCAUCAUCUUCUGGAACCUGGUGUGGUACUUCCGCCGGCUGGACCUGCCCAGCAACCUGCCGGGCCUCAUCCUCACCUCGGAGCACUGCAACAACGGCGUGCAGCUCCCUCAGACCUCCCUGCCCCAGGACAGUAAGCAGGUGUACGUGCAGCUACUGUGGGACAACAUCAACCUGCACCAGGAGCCUGGCGAGCCUCUCUACCUGCAAUGGAGGACCUUCUUGCAGAAGAAAGGUUUCCUGGCUCCCACCGACUACCAGGAGAUCAGGAGUCUGCUCAACGGCAUCGUCAGAAGUAUCCAGGACAACGACGUGAAGGCCCCCAUCGACCUGCUUCUGAAGGAGGUCAAGAAGAACCCCAACGCCAAACGCCAAAGGAGCAUCUACAGAGAGAUCCUCUUCCUGUCGCUGGUGGCUCUGGGACGAGAGAACAUUGACGUUGAGGCCUUUGACCGCGAGUAUAAGCAGGCCUUUGACGAGCUGAGCCCCGACAAACAGAAGGUGCUCGCUCGACUAGACCAGCCACCCAGCAGCAGCGUGCAGUGGUGCCUGAAGUGCUUUGGCACGCCUGUCAUCUGACAGCGCCCCCUGCUGGAGUGGAGGUGCGGCACCAUCUCAGCGCCUCCCGCACGCGAGAUGUGGGAGGGAACUCGGGGAGCCUUCCUGGAGGGUUAUGAGCUGCGGCAGAGGGAAGAAGUCUGUUCACGCAGUGAAUUUUACGCCUUGAACAUCACCCAAAGAUGAUACUCUCUCUCAUCCCAUCAACAGCUUUUUUGCCUAAGCUGUCCUCCUACCUGCCUUAAUUCAUUGUUAUUUUUUGUAUGAAGCAUAGAGCUCUGUCUGUCCAGUGGUGACCUUGUGUCUUUAGGCAUAAGAUGUGUAGAAUUCUUGCUGUUUUAUGCAGUGCAGGGAGUUGUUAUUUGUUUUCCUUGUAAGCAGUCUUAAAACGGUCGAGUUCCACCUUUCUGACUUACUUAGCCAUUGUAGAUGUCGAGCUAGGGUUACCCCAAAACAGUGAAAAUGUCUGAAUGCAGUGUCUGGUGCUGGAUUUAUGGGGCGUGAGUGACCAUGGCUGCCUCUUCCUGCUUUGCAUGGCGCCUCCUGUGAGUUCAGCUUCUGUAACAGCCUAUAGGUCCAUCUCCAAAGGCCUCGUUUUCACAAGUCUUUUAUCUCAGAAUGUAUCCAUAUGUAUUAAAUAUAUUUAAAGAGAGAUUUUUUUUUUUUAAUCCAGCGUAGAUAUUUGCACUUGAUUUUCUUUUUGUACAUAAUUCUUCUGAAAGAGAAUCUGAACCAGGGUGGCCUUUGCAGGAUCAUGCUUUAUUUGUCUCUGACUGAGUGUCUUGACAGAUUUUGGGUCUUAAA